GUGACAUUUUGUGCUCAUUUGGGCAUCUCUCCCUCUCUCUGUUCUUCUGCUAACUUCUCCUCUCUCCCUUUGGAGGUUAAGAUUGCAGAGAACAGAGGUAAGGGAGAUGGGAAGAGCCCCUUGUUGUUCUAAAGUUGGUUUACACAGAGGUCCAUGGACUGCAAGAGAGGAUACAAUGCUCACUAAUUAUAUCCAAGCUCAUGGUGAAGGCCAGUGGAGAUCUCUACCUAAAAAAGCAGGGCUCCUCAGAUGUGGAAAGAGUUGCAGGUUAAGAUGGAUGAAUUACUUGAGACCUGAUAUCAAGAGAGGGAACAUCAGCCCAGAUGAAGAAGACCUUAUCAUCAAACUCCAUUCACUUCUGGGUAACCGAUGGUCUUUGAUUGCAGGAAGAUUGCCUGGUCGAACUGAUAACGAGAUCAAGAACUACUGGAAUACCCAUCUCAGCAAAAAGCUCAAGAACCAGGGGAACAAUCCUAAUGCCCACCAAAAAACUAAACGUGAGCCCAGAAAGAGAAAGACCAGCAACAAGAAUCAAAAACAGAGCAAGAACAGGGGUAGAGCAAAUAAUGGAGGAGGAGGAGGAGGAGGAGAUCAGAUUCAUAAAACAGAAACUAAGAUCCAUCUCCCAAAACCCAUCAGGCUGACAUCUCUCUCCAUGACAAGGAACAACAGUUUCGAAUACCACAGUACUGUGAGUGGAUCUUCUAGUAGUUAUAAUGGAGUAGUUGAAGGUGACAAUGGAGUUGUUGGUACAGAAGUAGUAGAAUUUCCAUUCCCAUUUUCAUCAUCUGAUAUUAAUGACAUUGUGAAUGGUUGUGUUGUUGGAUGUGAAUCUGAUCAAGUUCCCACAAGGGAAAACAUGUUUGAGAAGCUGUACCAGGAGUAUCUACAACUCCUCAAGAAAAAGGAAGAAGAAGAAGAAGAGGAUCAGUUGCAGUUAGAUUCCUUUGCCGAAUCUUUAUGGGUCUGAU